CACUCGAAAAUCUACUUCGAACCUUUAAAAUCAAUGGCUACACAGGUCUCGAAGCAGCUGGAGACAUGGCACAAGCUCGAUAACAAAGUUGUAUUGGUGACCGGUGCUUCCUCCGGGCUUGGACGAGACUUGUGCCUCGACCUCGCUAAAGCUGGCUGCAGGAUCGUCGCUGCAGCUCGCCGCCUUGAUCGCCUCAAAUCCCUCUGCCACGAAAUCAAUCAGUUGAUGCCAUCGGAGGCCGACGCCGCUGCCGGAAGCCUCCGUGCGGUGGCCGUGGAACUAGAUGUCUGCGCCGGUGGUCCCACCAUCGACAAGUCUGUGCAGAAGGCCUGGGACGCAUUUGGCCAUAUUGAUACGUUGAUUAACAACGCUGGUGUUAGAGGAAGUGUCAAAUCACCUUUAAAAUUGUCCGAGGAGGAAUGGGAUUUCGUUUUCAAAACUAACUUAACUGGUUGUUGGUUGGUGUCAAAAUAUGUAUGCAAACGCAUGUGUGAUGCCCAGCAAAAAGGAUCAAUCAUUAAUAUUUCUUCAACUGCGGGUUUAAAUCGGGGGCAGUUGCCUGGAGCUGCUGCCUAUGCAUCAUCGAAGGCAGGUGUCAACAUGCUGACAAAGGUCAUGGCUAUGGAAUUGGGGGUACACAGAAUCAGAGUGAAUUCCAUAUCCCCUGGAAUUUUUAAAUCUGAAAUCACUGAAAAAUUGAUGCAGAAAGAUUGGCUGAAUAAUGUGGCAAAGAAAAUAUUUCCUUUGAGAACUUUAGGCACUUCGGAUCCAGCUUUAACAUCUCUAGCUCGUUACCUAAUUCAUGAUUCUUCUGAAUAUGUCACGGGCAAUAAUUUUAUUGUUGAUUUUGGAGCCACCUUACCAGGUGUGCCAAUUUAUUCAUCUCUAUGAACUAAGUGUACAUUGUGCCCUAGCCAAAAGUAAAAUUAUUGAACUUUUCUUGUACAUAUCUUCAAAUUAUAUGUAAUGGAGUUUUUUGAGUCUAUGUAUCUAUAAAAUACACGUUGA